GCGGCCGCGGCCAUGGCGGUGCCGCCCCGGGCGGGCGGGGCCUGCGGGCGGCCAUGAGGCUGACUCGGGCGGCCGUGCUGGCCCGGGCCAAGGCCCCCGCGCUGGAGGCCGUGCGGCGCCUCAACUGCUGGGGCAGCCACCUCACUGAUAUAUCGAUAUGCCGGGAUUUGCCCAACAUCGAGGUGAUCACAUUCAGUGUGAAUGGCAUCUCGGACCUUGAGCCACUGAAUCAGUGCCAGAACCUGAGUGAACUCUACUUGAGGAAGAACAACAUCGCAAGCCUAAAUGAGCUCUUCUAUCUCAAGAACCUCCCCCGGCUGAGGGUCCUGUGGCUGUCGGAAAAUCCCUGCUGUGGGUCAGACCGCCACCGCUACCGAAUGACGGUGCUGCGCAACCUACCCAGCCUGCAGAAGCUGGAUAACCAAGCUGUGACAGAGGAAGAGCUGUCCCAGGCCCUGGUUGAUGGUGAGGAGAUCACGGCUCCACCAGCUAGGAGGAGGGUGGAGAAUGGCUGCUCCGAGUCUGCCGGAUCCAGUGCUGCUGAGUCCAUGACAGAGACUGCGAGUGAGCUGCUGGAGGAGAGUCUGGAGGAGACCAACAAAAUUCGAGAGGAGCUUGGGAUGAAGCCUGUUCCCAGGGAUAAGUUUUCUUCCUUUUCACCUCGAGAGACAGACUGCAACCGAAAGAAGAGAAACAAUGUCCUGAAUGCCAUCCUGCUUCUCACGAAGGAACUGGACACAGAAGGGCUGGAGAUGGUCCAACAGACAGUGGGGAGGAGACUGCAGGCCCUUCGGAAAAAGGAGCUGCAGGAGGAGUGACCGUGCCUGAUCCCAGAGCUCCCUGGAGCCCCAACAGCCGCAGCCCCGCAGCACCGUCCCACUGCAGACGAAGCCUCAGCGUUCCCCACUGUGCUUCCCCUGUGAGGGGGCAACCGCCGGCCCCUGGAGCUCCUGGCACAGCCCCUGCCAGUGCACAUCACGCUGCGGCUGCCAGUGCCUCAUCUGGCUCUUGGAAGCUUUCCUGCUUGCGUAGCGAGCUCCGGGAGCGGUGGUGUCUCAGGUGGUUGGGGCUCUGAUGGGAGCGGCGGGGGGAUUGGCAAAGCAGGAGCGAGCAGGGCUGCAGAGGGACCUGCUGCUGGCAGGAGAGGUCCCUGCUGGGCCCUGGCUCCCACUCGGUCACCUUCCAGCCUCUCUGGGUGUGUGCCUUGAGGUGGUUUCUAUUGCAAGGGUUUGUUUUUGUGAAGUCUGUUGGGGAGAGCCUGCCCAGGGAGAUGGCCAAGAACCGCCUGGUGCAGAUGGUGAAGGGCAAUGUCCAGUUCUUUAUCUUCAACUCCUGACUUCUGGUCCCUGAUAGUGUGUGCAGCCUCCGACCUGGCAGUCAGGUAGCCCGAAGGAAAGCUGAGUGCAGCGUGGGUCAAACAGAAAUGACUCCUGGAUCCCGAAUGCUUCCUGAGGUGUCCCUGCAGCAUGAGGAAAUGUGAGAUUGGAGCAAGAAACCCUUGUGUUUGGCAACCAGGAGAAGACAAACCAAGCAUUCCUGUCUGGCUUUCGUGGGCAUCAGAGGUGGUGGUUGUCUUUAACUGAAAAAGCUGCAUUUAGUAAGGUUUUAUAGAGCCGUUCCAUACAAACCAGAAGGACACAUCCCAAAUAAACCCGAUUGCCCUUCUGGGAUGCGUGAGUUGUGGCCGGGGUUCAGCAAACACAGCGAGAACAGCUGCCUGGGGGCAUCGCUGCAUUAGGUCUGGUUCAGGGCUCGCAUUGUCAGCCCUGCGCCGCGGGAGGAGGGCUGGGGCCCCGCGCCUUCCCGCUUCGCUGCACCCGGGAUGCGGCACACCCGCCUCCGGAGCUGCGGCCGCUGCUGUUCGACAGCGCUCUGCAACUGGGCUGCUGUAAAAAUAGUUGCUGGUUUCAACCAUCGAGUUUAAAGCAAUAUCUGUCAGCUUAGAAUAAAAUUUAUUAAUUCAAAUAAGAA